GUAUAAGUUUCGAUUCGUAAAGAACGGAAGACAAUGGUGAAUUUUCCAAAGACUACCGCAUUAUAUCGAAGAGUCUUUUCACAUUUCAAAAGUUCAAUCAAAUCAUCCUCGAUAGGGUCUUCGCUUGAAAAGCGCCACAUCUCCUCCAUGUUCAAUAACAAUGAAAAGUAUAGGCCGCACAUUUUAGUGAUUGGCGGUGCCUAUGGAGGGUUUUCUGUCGUCACAAAUGUGUUGAACUUAAUAGAGGGAAAUCCUCAAUUGUCUUCACCUCUAUCCCCACCCCCACUGGAGGACUUCAAGAUUCGUACGACUCCGCGAAUAACAAUCCUUGACGAACGAGAUGGAAUAUAUCAUACCAUGGGAUCACCGUUAGCCCAUUCCAAAUCAGAAUUCGCAUCAGAAGCAUGGAGGAGAUUUGACGACAUUCCCAUUCUGCAUCGCAAUAAUGUUCGUACGAUUCAGGGAAAAGCAAGUUCCAUUGAUAUGGCGUCUCGAGUCGCCACAUACCAGGAAAACUCAACCAGUCCGUUGAUGGAAAUCCCCUACGACUACUUGGUAGUAGCGACAGGGGCGAGUAGAAAUUGGCCAGUAGUGCCAAAAUCAACAACUAGAGAGGAGUACUUGCAGGAUAUUCAUGGCCAUAUUGAAAGUUUGCGUCGUUCAAAAAGAGUGGUAAUAGUUGGUGGAGGCGCUGUUGGUGUGGAAUUCGCUGCAGAGAUCAAAGCCAAUUUCCCAAACACAGAAGUUUAUCUGGUUCAAUCUCGUCCCCACCUUCUCCAUGCCGAGCCUCUCCCCAACGAAUUCAAACAGCGAGCAGCUGAUAUUCUUACUAAAAUGGGUAUCCAGCUUGUGUUGGGCUGUAGGGUUACCAAGAUCUUAGAUGAUAGUACACCGGGAUUCAAGAGUAUGGUCACAUUGUCGAACGGAAUGCGUCUCGGAGCAGAUCAUGUAAUACAGACGAACUCGCUCCACGUGGCCCGCACGGAGUUCCUCCCGAAAAAGGUCCUGGACUCACAUGGGUGUAUAAAUGUCCGACCUACGCUCCAAUUUCCGUCGGAUUUAGUAAACGCAGAUUUUCAUUAUGCAGCCGGUGAUGUAGUGUCAUGGUCUGGCAUCAAGAGGGUGGGUAAUGCAUUUAUAAUGGGUCAGCAUGUUGCCACAAACAUCGUACGUCAAAUAUGCAGCAGCCGAGUGAAGGAAAAUCCUACAGCACUAGCUGUAUGUCCUCAAAUCAAACCCAUGAUGGCAUUAUCUAUUGGAGAUACGGCUUUGGUUUAUCCUAAAGACGAAAACGAUUCGUGGGGCGAGGAGCAACAAAAUUUAGUUGUGGGACGAGGUCUUGGUAUUGAUUUAUGCUCAGCCUAUCUUCGACUUUGACCUGGCUAUAUAUGGCGAUAUCACCCAAACUCAACGGUUUUAUACGUUGGAUGAUGGCUCUGAUUCCCAGUGGAUCAUGAAAAAUCACGGUCAUAGCCACCGAGUUGUGAGAGGAAGGUGCUACAGCUUACAAGACGCUUGAUAACAGCGUAGACAAGCGGGGCUCAAUACGAAGAAGGAUAUGAUUGAUCAACCCAGAGGAAACGGUGGUUAUAUCUUUAUUAUGACAUAAGAUCAUCAAAAUCAAUUCGGGUAAUUAAAAGUA